GCGUCUCCGGCCACUCCCCUCGUCGUGGGCUUGGGCCGGGAGCAUGGCGCGCUGGUUCCGGGACCGGCUCCUCUUCCGAAAGCCGCCGCCGCCGGAGCCCGAUUACAAGCAGCCCGGCCCCGAGGAGGAGGAGGAGCAGGAGGAAGGCGGGGAGGAGGCGGAGGAAGAGGCGAAGGGCUCUCAGCCGGACCUGGUGGCCGCCUAUCGGCUCCAGAGGGAGCGGGACUUCGAGGACCCCUACGCGGCCGAAGAGAAAGGCGAGCCACAGCCGCCGCCUCGUCCCGGUCUCCCGCCCAGCCAAGGGCGCCGCUGCCGCUCCCCCAGGAGGCGCCUGAUCCGGGUGGAGGCGCAAGCAAUGGCGGCCUCGGAUGCCUUCUCCUCCCGGCCCAGCCAGAGGAAGAUGUUGAUCUUGGACGACUAUGCGGAUCCCUUCGACACCCGGCAAGAGGCCGGAACCAGUCCAAAAGGGGAGCAGGAAAGGGCCAGAAGCGAAGGCUACAUGGAGCCCUAUGAAGCGCAGCGGUUGCUGGCCGAGAUCCAGAAGAAAGGCUCCAAGGAUGGACUCGCUUCUCCGAAGCCUUUGCACUUAUACGAUGUUCCUUACGAACCGUCUGAGAAUGGCACAGACCCAGGGCCAUUGCCUGGUGCCCCGUGCCGAUAUUCGUGGCUUCCGGAAGAUGAUGAGCGGCCGCCGGAAGAAUACGAUCAGCCCUGGGAGUGGAAGAAGGAGCGGAUCUCCAGGGUCUUUGCCGUUGAGAUCGAAGGGAACCAGGAGUUGCCGUGGCCGCCCCCGGUUGGACAGCUGGACAGCAAUACAAACCACUCGGAGGUGGAGGGGUCCCUCGCCCCUCAGAACAUUCGCACCCGAUGCCAGUCUUCAAGCACUCCGCCAAACCUCCAGAACGCCAGUCCCAGUUCCCCCGAUGCUGCAGCCACGUCUAAUUCCUUCGAGUCCGGCGGCCAAGCAGCACUGACGAACCUGCUGCCAACUUGCAUGGAGAAGACCGGCAGCGCGUGUUGGUCGAGCAUGGAGCAUGGGCUGGCUUUUGGGGAGCGCGUCAACCCCGCUUUGCCGCUGGAGAGCCAGGCGUGGUACCAUGGGACCUUGAGCCGGGUCGAUGCCGAAGGGCUCCUGCGGCUUUGCAGAGAAGCCAGCUACCUUGUGAGGAACAGCGAGAGCAGCCAUGACGCCUUCUCCCUCUCCCUCAAGAGCAGCCAGGGCUUUCUCCACAUGAAGCUCUUACCAACGGAUGACAACAAGUUCGUCCUGGGCCAGCACAGCCCUCCCUUCGAUAACGUCCCGGAAAUCAUCCACCACUACGCCAGCCACAAGUUGCCCAUCCAAGGGGCAGAGCAUAUGUCCUUGCUCUACCCGGUCACCACACAGCCCUCCAGUUGCCUUGUGGCUGAGCAGUGAUUUCGGAGGAGAACCACAAACUGGUGUGUACUGGGACCAAGCAGGAGUGGGACUUCUGGACUACAGUUGGCUGCAGUGGUUGGGAGAAGAGGAAUCUAAGGAAGGUUAUGGUUGGACGUCGUGGCCAAUUAAAACGGGACAAAUCUGGGACUCCGGAUACAAGAACUUUUCUGCCUUGUGAUGUAUUUGCAUUGAUACUUUGCAUGCUGGACUCCCGUUUAGUUGGCCUAUUCACCUAUUGCGAUGAGAAGGAUCAAUACUCAGACUGGAGAUGAUGUAUUUAUUUGGCACCAUGAAUGUGUCAUAGAAUCCUCCCUGGUUCUGCUUAUUGGCUGUGGUGUCCGCAGGCUUUAAUGUUGACAUAAUCCAAUGUCGCAUCAGAAUGGACAUUUAUUUAUUCAAACUGGAAUUUUCCAGUUGGAAAAAAAAAACUACACUACAUUGCCCAACAUAUCAUCCUUUCUGUGUACAGGAUAACAAGAGAAGCGUGCCUCAUUGGUGAUGCAUUUGAUCAAGAGAGAGGAAGCAGCCAAGUUGCCGAAACUCUGCCUGAUUUCAGAAAUGUGCUCCUAACUAUAUUUCAACUAUAUUCUCUCUCUUGCCGGACUGCCAUUUGAUGCAACAUAUGCCCAGCUAGGAAGAUCCUCAGAGUUUUCUGUGAGCAGAUUGCAAUGGCAAUGGGAUUUUUCAUUUUGGCAAGUCUGUGGAUUUACGAGGGUUGAAUGAAAAGUAAUGCCUCCACCUUCAUUACUUGGGUUUGGAUAGGAAUAUUUUAAUAAAUCAAUCCACCUUCAUUACUUGGGUUUGGAUAGGAAUAUUUUAAUAAAUCAGUCGCGGAAAUAAUCCGUAGAAUGUGCUCUUUAACUACAAAUAUUCACUUUUCGGCAUAAUCACCAGACAAUUGGGAAACAUUUCUGCCAAUGAUGAACAAAUUUUCUGAAGCCGUCACAGAAGAAGUCGACACUCUGUUUCCGCAACCCAUCGUGCACAGAUCUUCCGAUAGCCAAGCAAAGCAAUAAUGUGACCCACACGUUCUUGUGAAAUGCCAAUUAUGCUUGAAAUUUCUCUCUGAGUGAUACGACGAUCGUCCUGAAUCAAUCUGUCAACAUUUUGCUUGUGAAACUCGGUGGUUGUUGUCACAGGACGUCCAACUCUUUGUUUGUCACGCUAGUUAGAUGUUCCCACCUCAACAUCUUUAAACUUACUCGCCCAACGACCCACAGUACUCACAUCAACACAAUCACCAUCAACAGCUUGCAUUCUCUGAUGAAUCCCCUUUGGGUUGACACCUUCUGCGGUCAAGAAUUCAAUGACUGCACGUUGCUUAAGUCGCAUUGACUGACCGUCUGCGCAGGGUUCCAUACUUUGCACUUUAACAAUGCAACCCUUCAAUGCUAAGGCUUGCUGCCAAAAUAGAACUGUAGAGGAGAGUCUACUGAACAAGCCAGUACUUGCCACAUACCAAUACUGACAUCUGUUGAGGAGUUACGAAGGUGGAGGCAUUACUUUUCAUUCAACCCUCGUAAGACACUGUUGGAUGGCACACAUGGUUCCUGUAGCUGGCUGUGACAUCUCUGGUGGCUUUACUGAAUACGUCCAAACCUGGCAGCUCUUUAGAAUGUGUGAAUGGACUGCAACCAGCUCUCCUGGCAUCUGAACAAUUCUGGACGACCCGUGGAUGAGCCCAUAAUCCAUGAAAGGUUUCUUCUCUGGAGGACCAUGGAAGGAGGCAAAGGAGGAGACUUUCUUCAGGGCCAGAUGGCUUUGCAAAAGGCAACUUUCUGUGUCCCUGUGAUAAAAGCAUUUUGCAUGCAUCAGGAUCUUUAUUAUUCCCUAUUUACCCAGGAUGCGUCGUGAAGCCUUUGUUUCAUACCAGUCAGGGAGACUUUUGUUCCUGGCUUCUAGCUAUAUAAAUAAAAAUGUAAUGUUCGUU